AUGUCAGCAUCGAGCUUCAUUGCUCAUACCACUGAGGUGGAUGGUGCCAUCCACGUCAUCACGCUGAAUCGCCCUGAAGCACAAAAUGCACUCACUAUGGACAUGCUGAACGACAUAGCCUCCGUGUUCCUGAGCCUCAGGAGCGACACGACAGUCCGGGCUGUCAUUCUCACAGGAUCAGGCCAGAAAGCUUUCUCUGCAGGCAUCGAUCUCAUGAAGGCGGAUGGGAUUUUCACCGGCUACUUCCCGACCCCAGCUGAGCAGGAUCCGCGUGUGCAGAUUGAAAGUUUCCCGUGGCCUGUGAUUUGCGCCGUAAAUGGCUUUGCCAUAACGGGUGGCUUUGAGCUGGCUUUAGCCUGUGACAUUUUGAUUGCCAGCGAGAACGCCUCGUUCGCAGACACUCAUGCUAAGUUUGGCAUUGCCCCAGCCUGGGGCUUGAGCCAGAAGCUCACCAGAAUUAUGGGCCCAAGCAGAGCCAAGGAGCUUCACUUCACGGGCAGAUUCCUCAAAGCCAAUGAGGCCGCUGCUUGGGGACUUGUCAACUCCGUGGUUCCUCCGGACAAGCUGAUGCCCCACUGCCUCGGUCUCGCAACAGAGAUGACGAAGAUGAACCCCGCCAUGCUGCAGAUGUUGAAGCGAACAAUAGAUGAUGGAUACGGAAUGAGCUUCAAGGAUGGUUGUUCUAAUGAGCAGUCCGUGGCAUUCGCGUAUUACAAAGCCAUGGGCAAAGAGUUGUUUGACAAGAUGAAGAAGUUCAUUGCAUCACGAGGAAGCAAAGAGGGCAAGUCAAAGUUGUGA